AUGGCGAUGAGCAGGAGCGCGACGGCAGAGACAACGACGCUGCUGAUGUGCCUGCUGGCGGUGGCGGUGGUGUCGCUGGGACUGGGAGGCGCGGAGGCGAGGAGACAGCAGGGGAAGGGGACCCUGGGGUUCUACGAGCUGCGCAGGGGCGAGUUCUCCAUGGUCGUCACCAACUGGGGCGCCACCAUCCUCUCCGUCAGGCUCCCCGACAAGACAGGGCACAUCGACGACGUUGUUCUUGGGUACAAGAAGAUCGGAUCCUACGUGAAUGACACGACCUACUUCGGCGCGCUGGUGGGUCGCGUGGCGAACCGGAUCGCCGGCGGGCGGUUCACGAUCAAGAACCACCCCUACCACACCUACAAGAACGACGGCAACAACACGCUCCACGGCGGGCACCGCGGCUUCAACCAGGUGUUCUGGUCGGUCCGGGAGCGCGUCACCGGCGAGUUCCCCUACAUCACCUUCUCCUACCGCAGCUACGACGGCGAGCAGGGGUUCCCGGGCGCGCUGGACGUGCUGGUCACCUACAAGAUCGACGGCGACUACUCCUACAGCGUCACCAUGUACGCGCGGCCGGUGGACAAGCCGACGCCCGUGAACCUGGCGCAGCACAGCUACUGGAACCUGCGCGGGCACGGGCGGGGCACCAUCCUGGACCACUCCGUCCAGAUCUUCGCGUCCGCGGUCACCCCCGUCGGCGCGCACCUCAUCCCCACGGGCGCCGUCACGCCCGUCGCCGGCACGCCCUACGACUUCCGCACGCCGGCCGCGCCCGGCGCGCACAUCGCGGAGGUGGAGGGAGGCUACGACAUCAACUACGUGCUGGACGGCGCGGAGGUGGACGGGCAAGGGGUGCGCAAGGUGGCGGUGGUGAGCGAGGCGACGUCGGGGCGGGUGAUGGAGCUGUGGGGCGACCAGCCCGGCCUGCAGUUCUACACGGGCAACUUCCUCAAGGGCGACGAGGGCAAGGGCGGCGCCGUGUACGUGAAGCACGGCGGGAUGUGCCUGGAGACGCAGGACUACCCCGACGCCGUGCACAACGCCAAGUUCCCCACCGAGAUCUACCGCAAAGGCCAGGUCUACAAGCACUACAUGCUCUACAAGUUCUCACUCGCGCCAAACAAGUAG